CGUGUUACUAAAGCCAGUGGGCAGUGGGUGCUACAGAAGAAGAAGAACAUUCCAAAUUGCCAAUGGCUAGAUCAUUCUCUCUCACCCAUUAUGUCUCCAUCGUCUUUCUUCGUCCAACACUUCCGAACGUGUCCACCUCGAGAACACACUUUCUCUCACUACCACUCCCAAACCUUAAACUUCUCAAAACACCCAUUUCUUCCAUUUCUUCACUAUCAUUCUGCACCAACACCAGAUACCCACUUCAGUACGACAUGAUCCUCCACCGCCCAACUCAAUCCUCACUCGACCGUCGACCCGCCCGACUCGCCCGGUCCACCUCCCCGGAGCCGGAGAAUCCCUCGUCGGAACUGGGGCUCGAGGGAUGGGUCGACCGGAAACUCGGCGAUUCGGAGAGUCCUCCCGAGGCUGCCAUGGACAAGGCCAAGAGAAAGUACUACAACAAGAGGCGAAGGAGAAUGUAUGGAACCGACGAUUCCGACGAAGAGAAUAGGAGAAACGAAGAUGGGUUUGUGGAGUUGAGGCCGGAGGUUGUGGACUUUCCGAGGCUGCACAAGAGAGAGGAAGAGCUUUACUUUUACGAUACUUUUGCUUAUCCAUGGGAGAAGGAGAAGCAUUACAAGAUGGUUUACCAGUUGGAGAAGAAGUACUUCCCUGACCAGUGUCUCGACAAGGCGUUUCUUGAGCCUGGACAGUCGGGAAAUGUUGAGGAGAAGAACACGAAGAAGAAGAAGAAGAGAAGUGGGGAUGAUGGUGAGGAAAUGGGUGAUGAUAAGAGGCUUGUUUUCUUUGAGGAGGAGAAGAGAGAGAGAGAAGCAGUGAAGGAUGGUGGUGGUGGUGGUGGUGGUGUUGUUACGGAGAAGAAGGUGGAAGAGUUCUUUAAGUGUUUGAAGAAAGUCCCCAAUAAGGAUAAUGCUGAGACUGGCAAUGAGGAACCUUACCUUUUGACCAGGACUACGGAGCUUCCUCCGAGAUGGGACUCUCCCAAUGGGACUGUGGUCUUAGUCAACAAGCCCAAAGGAUGGACUUCAUUUACGGUUUGCGGAAAGUUGCGUCGACUCGUGAAAGUGAAAAAGGUGGGGCAUGCUGGAACUCUUGAUCCAAUGGCAACUGGUUUAUUAAUUGUUUGUGUUGGUAAAGCAACUAAAUCGGUAGACAGAUAUCAAGGUAUGAUCAAGGGAUACAGUGGGGUUUUCCGUUUAGGCGAGGCUACUUCUACUUGGGAUGCUGAUUCACCGGUCAUUCAGCGUGAACCUUGGGAGCAUAUCAAAGACGAGGACAUAAGGAAAGCGGCAGCAUCCUUUUGUGGAGAGAUUUGGCAAGUACCUCCGAUGUUUUCUGCAAUCAAAGUUGGAGGUGAAAAGAUGUAUGAGAAAGCUAGAAGAGGUGAAAGCAUUGAGCUUUCACCGAGACGAAUUUCGAUCUUCCAGUUUGACAUUGAGCGUAGUUUAGAUGACAGACAAAAUUUAAUUUUCCGGGUUAUAUGCUCUAAAGGGACAUACAUUAGGUCGCUAUGUGCGGAUCUUGGAAAGGCUCUUGGAAGUUGUUCUCAUUUAACUGCUCUUCGCAGAGAUUCAAUUGGUGAAUAUUCUGCAGAUGAUGCUUGGGAAUUUAAAGAGCUGGAAGAAGCGAUUAGCAAAGCUUAUUUCUAGCUGAGGAUUGAAGUCGAAGUCGAUGUCUGAAAUCUGCCAGUCCCAAUUAACUUUUAUCUACAACAAGCAACACAAGAGGUUCCACCGAUUCUGCAGCUUGGAAUGAAUGAUGUUUCACUUUUCAUUUGUUUCUUUUCACUAGUGUUGUUAUUAUUUUUAUUAUUAUAAUUAUUUGAGGUAAUAGUGUUAUUAUUAUAUUGACAAAUGUCGUUUGCUAGGGAAAAAAUUAUACAGUUGUGUAUAAAUAAGAUGAGGGAAGUCAUUCAUUCAUA